AUGUUGACACGCUUCAGCUUCAGCCUGCUUUCAAACACUUUUUACUUGGGAUGGCUGAAAUGUGCACAAGUGGUUCUGAAUCCAUUUGGUCUUGAUGAUGACGAUUUUGAGGCUUGCGCAUUAAUUGACAUGUACCAGCGGUCGCUGGCAGCAAUUUUGACCAGACCGGAGACGAUGCAACCAAUUGGACGACACGUUUAUCGUCGAUUGCCACAUACUGUAGGCAGCGCCCUGAUGGGAGGAGUUAGUGAAACUUCACUGGUUGGUUCCAUGGCUCAUAAAACUGUGUCACAGUUGGGACAGGAAGUCGUCCACAAACCGCACUAG